CUGAGCAGCCAUGCGUAGCUCCAUGAAGCACGUCGCUGCGUCCAGCCGCCCCCGGUGGACAAGCUCCGAGAAGCGGCCCAGCUUGCGGUCAGUUCCCCGGCUGCACGGCUCCAUCGUCGCGGGCCAGCGCAGGCGUGGUGAGCGGGACUGCAGGCAGGGGGCGGCAACAAGGCGGUGACAGCAGCACAGUCACGGAGACGCACAUCCAAGAGAGACACACAUCUUUGUGUACACACUGCAGGUCAGUCAGCUCAGUUCACCGGCUGGCACCGACAACACACCGGACUCCCCCCAUCACCGGAACUCUCUCGUGGAGUGGAUUCUUGUUUGUGUUUUUUUUUUUCCGCGAGUCUUUCAUUUCUUUUCUUUUUUUUUAUUUUUAUUUUUUGGAUGCUCCAAUCUAAUUUAUCAUAAAGGGGAAUAAAGCGCGUAACUAGCCGCCCGGUUUUUUUAGGGGGUUGGGAAAUGACAAGCGAGAGAACCGUGACAAUGCCGGGCUCGGUGUCGCUCUCGGACCGACAACCUCCUCCAGGUCACAGGCAACACGCGGCUGCAGUCACCGGUGAGACAGUGAUGAUGUCCGGCUCAGGUUCAGUGGUGCUCCCGGCUGGGAUUAUCAAUCCAUCGGUUCCAAUCCGGAAUAUCAAAAUGAAAUUUGCUGUCCUCAUCGGACUGAUCCAGGUUGGAGAGGUUAGCAACCGGGAUAUUGUUGAAACGGUGCUGAAUCUGUUGGUGGGCGGUGAGUUUGAUCUGGAGACAAACUUCAUCAUCCAGGAUGCGGAAAGCAUCGGCUGCAUGGCGGAGCUGUUGGAGCACUGCGAUGUCACCUGUCAGGCUGAAAUCUGGAGCAUGUUCACCGCCAUCCUUCGGAAAAGUGUUCGAAACCUGCAAACAAGCACCGAGGUGGGCCUGAUCCAACAGGUGCUGCUCAAAAUGAGUUCGGUGGAAGACAUGAUUGCAGACUUGCUAGUGGACAUGUUGGGAGUGUUGGCCAGCUACAGCAUCACAGUGAAGGAACUGAAGCUGCUCUUCAGCAUGCUGCGAGGAGAAGGAGGCCUCUGGCCGAGGCAUGCGGUCAAAAUGUUGUCAGUGCUGAAUCAGAUGCCCCAGAGACACGGUCCAGAUGCCUUCUUCAACUUUCCUGGUCGCAGUGCAGCAGCAAUUGCUUUACCUCCUAUUGCCAAGUGGCCUUAUCAAAAUGGGUUUACAUUCAACACCUGGUUCAGAAUGGAUCCUUUAAAUAACAUCAAUGUUGACAAGGACAAACCAUAUCUGUACUGCUUUCGUACCAGCAAGGGCAUCGGCUACUCUGCACAUUUUGUUGGUAACUGCUUGAUUGUGACAUCACUCAAGUCUAAAGGAAAAGGUUUCCAGCACUGUGUCAAGUAUGAUUUUCAGCCCAGGAAGUGGUACAUGAUCAGUAUAGUUCACAUCUACAGCCGCUGGAGGAACAGUGAAAUCAGAUGCUACGUUAACGGACAGCUUGUUUCUUACGGAGACAUGGCAUGGCACGUCAACACAAAUGAUAGUUAUGAUAAGUGCUUCCUCGGGUCCUCUGAGACAGCAGACGCAAACAGAGUAUUCUGUGGGCAGCUAGGAGCCGUCUACGUGUUCAGCGAAGCCCUCAAUCCCGCACAGAUAUUUGCAAUUCAUCAGCUAGGACCAGGCUAUAAGAGCACAUUUAAGUUCAAGUCAGAGAGUGAUAUCCACUUAGCGGAGCAUCACAAGCAGGUGUUGUAUGACAGCAAGUUGGCCAGCUCCAUCGCCUUCACCUACAACGCCAAGGCCACUGACGCCCAGCUCUGCCUGGAAUCCUCGCCUAAAGAAAACGCCUCCAUCUUUGUGCACUCACCGCACGCCCUUAUGCUACAGGAUGUAAAAGCCACAGUGACUCACUCCAUCCACAGUGCCAUCCACUCCAUCGGUGGGAUCCAGGUGCUCUUCCCCCUCUUUGCUCAGCUGGACUACCAUCAGCUGAACGACAGCCAGGUGGAAUCCACUGUGUGUGCUACUCUCCUGGCCUUUCUGGUUGAGCUGCUCAAGAGCUCUGUGGCCAUGCAGGAGCAGAUGCUGGGAGGAAAGGGGUUUUUGGUGAUUGGAUACCUGCUGGAGAAGUCAUCACGUGUACACAUCACCAGGGCUGUGUUAGAGCAAUUCCUCUCCUUUGCAAAGUAUCUGGACGGUCUGACGCACGGGGCACCUCUGCUGAAGCAGCUGUGUGACCACAUCCUGUUCAAUGCUGCCAUCUGGAUCCACACCCCUGCCAAGGUGCAGCUCUCUCUAUAUACAUACCUUUCCGCGGAGUUCAUUGGCACGGCAACCAUCUACAACACGAUCCGUCGAGUGGGCACAGUGCUUCAGCUAAUGCAUACACUAAAGUACUACUACUGGGCCAUUAACCCUGCAGACAGCAGUGGCAUCACGCCGAAGGGCCUUGAUGGUCCAAGGCCGACCCAGAAAGAAAUCAUUUCUCUACGGGCAUUCAUGCUUCUCUUCCUCAAGCAACUCAUCCUGAAGGACCGAGGUGUGAAGGAGGACGAGCUGCAGACAAUCCUGAACUAUUUGUUAACAAUGCACGAGGACGAGAAUCUGCAUGAUGUUUUGCAGUUGGUGGUAGCCCUCAUGUCUGAGCAUCCUGCCUCCAUGAUCCCUGCUUUUGACCAGAGAAAUGGAAUACGGGUAAUCUACAAGCUCAUGGCCUCUAAGAGCGAAAGCAUCCGAGUACAAUCCCUCAAAGUCCUUGGGUACUUCCUCAAGCAUUUGGGCCACAAGAGGAAGGUUGAGAUCAUGCACACACACAGCCUCUUUACUCUCCUGGGAGAAAGGCUCAUGCUGCACACCAACACUGUGACCGUGACGACCUACAACACUUUGUACGAGAUUCUGACAGAGCAGGUGUGCACGCAGGUAGUUCACAAACCUCAUCCUGAGCCCGACUCCACUGUCAAGAUUCAGAACCCAAUGAUUCUCAAGGUGGUAGCUACCCUAUUGAAGAACUCCGCCCCGAGCACGGAGCUGAUGGAGGUUCGGCGGCUCUUCCUUUCAGAUAUGAUCAAACUGUUCAGUAACAGCCGAGAGAACAGACGCUGUCUGCUUCAGUGCUCCGUAUGGCAGGACUGGAUGUUUUCUCUCGGCUACAUCAACCCUAAAAACUCCGACGAGCAGAAGAUCACUGAGAUGGUGUACAACAUCUUUCGUAUUCUGCUCUACCAUGCCAUUAAGUAUGAGUGGGGAGGAUGGCGGGUGUGGGUGGACACACUCUCUAUAGCACACUCUAAGGUGACAUAUGAGGCACAUAAAGAGUACUUGGCUAAGAUGUAUGAAGAGUACCAGCGUCAAGAGGAGGAAAAUAUUAAGAAAGGGAAGAAAGGCUUCGUCAGUACCAUCUCUGGACUUUCUGCUCAGGCCUCGGGCAUCAAGGGAGCCGUUGAGAUCAGAGAAAUGGACGAUAACUCACAAACACCUGAGAGUGAGAAGGACUAUGAGAGUGCAGACUCCCGCAACCUGCUGGCUGAAGGGAAGGGGCCUGAGGAGGGUCUCAGGGGAACAGAGGCUACUGUAGAUGGGGUCAAGGUCGAAGUUCAUGACCUUCUGGUGGACAUCAAGGCUGAAAAGGUGGAGGCUACAGAGGUUAAGCUGGAUGACUUGGACUUGUCCUCUGAAACUCUGGGAGUAUCUGAGAACGGAGCACUGGUGGAGGUGGAUUCCCUGUUGGACAAUGUUUAUUGUGCUGCUGUGGAAAAGCUCAACAGUAAUGUCAACAGUGUGUUGUUGCCAAAGGCCAGCAUGGAUGACCAAAAUGCACCACCUCUCAUUACUCUAGAUGAUGACAAGGACACCCUCCCUAGCAACAACAACUUUCUGUUCGGCAAGGUGACAGGUGGCAUGGAGGACAAGCUGCUGCCUGAUCUCAGUCCAGCUGAACCUCUGGUCCUGCCCAGCCCAGAGCCUCCAGUCCACACCAGUGCCAGUGAUGAACUGAGCCUUCUUGCUCACAUGACAAGCAGCUCUGAGCUUGGCACCUUACCCUGUAUCCUGGAGAAGGAUGAGUUUGAACUACAGGCGGCCUUGGAGGGCAUCAGCUCUGUGGCUGGCACCGAUGCCGAGGCCUCUUCCAAAAGCCCAGAAGUCACUGAGGGCACAGCUGCAGCGGCAUCUGAAGGGGAUGCCUCGACUGUUAAGACCAGCAGCGCAGCAGAUGCAACAAGCAACAAUUCUGACACGGAGAGAUCAGAUGAUAGCAAAGACAAGGAGAGGAAGAUCCAGACGACAGCCACCACACAGAGUCUACAUGGCCGCCUAGGCAGUCAGAUGGAGAGGGACAUACGUGUGGACCUGGGUUUCAGGGGGAUGCCCAUGACAGAAGAACAACGACGUCAGUUUAGCCCCGGCCCACGCACCACCAUGUUCCGCAUCCCAGAGUUCAAAUGGUCAGCCAUGCACCAGAGACUGCUCACCGACCUGCUGUUUGCACUGGAGAGCGACGUCCAUGUCUGGAGGAGCCACUCCACCAAAUCUGUCAUGGACUUUGUCAAUAGUAAUGAGAACAUUAUUUUUGUCCACAACACUAUCCACCUCAUCUCGCAAAUGGUAGACAACAUCAUUAUCGCCUGUGGAGGGAUCUUGCCCCUUCUCUCAGCAGCCACCUCUCCUUCUACGGAGAUGGACAACAUCGAGGCAACACAAGGCAUGUCCUCAGAGACCGCCAUCACUUUCCUGUCCCGUCUCAUGGUUCUGGUUGACGUCUUGGUGUUCUCGAGCUCCCUCAACUUCAGUGAGAUUGAGGCUGAGAAGAACAUGUCCUCCGGUGGCCUGAUGCGUCAGUGCCUCAGACUCGUGUGUUGUGUGGCUGUUAGGAACUGUCUGGAGUGCAGGCAGCGACACAGAGACAGGGGAAGUAAGUCUUCAAUUCCCAACAACCACAAGACUCAGGAAAUCCUACUAAAUGCUGUGACUUCCAGCAAGACAGCCAUAGAGACUGUCCCUAGUAACCUGUCUCCCAUCAAGGACCCUGAUCGCCUUCUGCAGGAUGUGGACAUCAAUCGACUACGCGCUGUGGUGUUUCGUGACGUGGAUGACAGCAAGCAAGCCCAGUUCCUGGCUUUAGCUGUGGUCUACUUUAUCUCUGUCCUCAUGGUCUCCAAGUACCGCGACAUCCUGGAGCCCCAACGUGAGACUGCCAGGAUAAGCAGUCAGUCGGGCCGCAGCAUGCGUCAGGAGAUCAACUCACCGACCAGCACAGAAACACCUCUAGCAUUCGACAGCAGUAAGGACCAUCCAGCACAGUUAGAAGACCGCCACAUGGAAGGCUCCCUGCCCCACACAGACUCUGGUAUCGGAGAGGAGCAGGUAGCCAGCAUCCUAAACGGGUCUGACCUGGACCACAGUGCGGGAAGGUCAGAUGCCAUGAGUGAGCUCAUAUCGACACUGUCCUCAGAGGUGAAGAAGUCCCAGGAGAGUCUGUCUGAAUCACCCAGCAUAGAGGUGCUGAAAUCCUCCUCCUCUAUCAUCAGCAUUAGCCAGCCCAAAAGAGGCAUCAAUGUCAAGGAGAUACUGAAGAGCCUCGUGGCAGCUCCAGUGGAGGGCAUGGAGGCCGGGGUGGAGCCUGUGUGCUACCCAGACCCUACUGCCAAGGCCCAGGCCCAGGCGAUGCUACCCAUGCAGUUUCACUCCUUUGACAGGAGCGUGGUGGUGCCGGUGAAGAAAACCUCUCCUGGCAGUCUGGCAGUUAACACAGUGGGAACCAGCAGCAGCACCUCUGCUGGGCUGACAGCUGGCAGCACCCCCAACAUCUUUGCUGCUGCCUCUGCGACCCCCAAAAGCAUGAUCAAUACCACAGGACCCACUGAUGCGGCCCCCUCUACCACGUCUUCCUCCAAUUUUGUCAACGGAGCCACCAGUAAGAAUCUGCCGGCCGUGCAGACGGUGGCCCCCAUGCCUGAAGACACAGUAGAAAACAUGAGUGCCUCUUGUGAAGUGGACCACUGUCCACUGCGCCAGGGACUGACACCUCCUGAGCUCAAACCCUUAACCUCCCUGACAGGAUUACAGGCAGCCUCCAGAGGUGCAGGCCAGUGUCAUAGCAUUACCACGAAGCUGGAGAGGGCCUUGGAGAAGGUGGCACCCCUGCUGAGAGAGACCUUUGUGGACUUUGCACCCUUUCUGUCGCGCACCUUGCUGGGCAGCCAUGGACAGGAGCUGCUCAUAGAAGGUCUGGUGUGUAUGAAGUCAAGCACCUCGGUGGUGGAGCUCGUCAUGCUGCUUUGUUCUCAGGAAUGGCAGAACUCUAUUCAGAAGAACGCUGGCCUGGCUUUCAUUGAGCUAAUCAACGAAGGGAGGUUGCUCUGCCACGCCAUGAAGGACCACAUAGUUCGGGUUGCCAACGAGGCUGAGUUCAUCCUGAACAGGCAGCGAGCAGAGGACGUCCACAAACACGCAGAGUUUGAGUCCAACUGUGCCCAAUAUGCCGCCGACAGAAAAGAGGAAGAGAAGAUGUGUGACCACCUGAUCAGUGCCGCUAAACACAGAGACCACGUGACGGCCAACCAGUUAAAGCAGAAAAUUGUCAACAUCCUCACCAACAAGCAUGGCGCCUGGGGGACGCUGGCACAGAGUCAGCUGCAUGACUUCUGGCGCCUGGACUACUGGGAAGAUGACCUGCGGCGGAGGCGGCGGUUUGUCAGAAACCCUUUUGGGUCCACCCACUUGGAUGUCACGUGCAAGUCGCUGCAGGAGUAUGGCACAGAAGAGGACGAGGUGGUCAAAUCUAAGAAGGUCUUCCGCAGCCAAACUGUGGCCAGUCAGAACCCCGAGACAGAGCUGAUGCUAGAGGGGGGAGAGGACGAUGCCAUGAGUCUGCUGCAGGAGAAGGAGAUGGACAACCUGGGUGGCCCAGUGGUCCUGAGCAGCCCGGCCCAGCUUGUUGCCCCUGUCCUGGUGGCCCGGGGUACUCUGUCCAUCACCACCACCGAAAUCUACUUCGAGGUGGACGAGGAUGACCCUGCCUUCAAAAGGGUCGACUCAAAGGUUUUAGCAUACACUGAGGGUCUACAUGGGAAAUGGAUGUUCAGUGAGAUCCGGGCGGUGUUCUCCAGGCGCUACCUCCUACAGAACACAGCGAUGGAGGUCUUCAUGGCCAACAGAACAUCAGUCAUGUUCAACUUUCCUGACCAGGCCACAGUAAAGAAAGUGGUCUACAGUCUUCCUCGAGUGGGAGUGGGCACCAGCUAUGGACUCCCACAAGCUAGGCGCAUCUCCCUGGCCACCCCUCGACAGCUUUUCAAAUCCUCCAACAUGACCCAGCGCUGGCAGAGGAGAGAGAUUUCCAACUUUGAGUACCUCAUGUUUCUCAACACUAUCGCAGGGAGGACAUACAAUGACCUGAACCAGUACCCGGUCUUUCCCUGGGUCCUCACCAACUACGACUCAGAGGAGUUGGACCUGACCUUGCCAGGGAACUUCAGAGAUCUCUCAAAGCCUGUUGGUGCUCUGAAUCCGAAGCGUGCAGCAUUCUACGCUGAACGCUAUGAGACUUGGGAUGACGACCAGACACCACCUUGUCAUUACAACUCACACUACUCCACAGCUGCCUCCGCCCUGCACUGGCUUGUCAGAAUAGAGCCCUUCACCACAUUCUCCCUUUGUGCCAAUAACAACAAAUUCGACCACCCUGACCGCACCUUUUCAGGCAUCGCCCGCUCUUGGAGAAACUGUCAGAGGGACACAUCUGAUGUAAAGGAACUGAUUCCUGAGUUCUACUACCUACCCGAGAUGUUUGUCAACAGCAACGGCUACCAUCUGGGAAUGAGGGAGGACAGAACAAUGGUCUGUGAUGUGGACUUGCCAGCCUGGGCGAAGAAGCCUGAAGACCUUGUUAGGAUCAACAGGAUGGCCCUGGAAAGCGAGUUUGUGUCAUGUCAGCUGCAUCAGUGGAUUGACCUUAUUUUCGGCUACAAGCAGCGAGGCCCAGAGGCGGUGCGUGCCCUCAACGUCUUUCACUACCUGACUUACGAGGGCUCUGCCAAGCUGGACAGUAUCACUGACCCUUCGCUCAGAGAGGCCACAGAGGCGCAGAUCCAGAGCUUUGGACAGACGCCAUCUCAGUUGCUUAUUGAGCCACAUCCUCCACGCAGCUCCGCCAUGCACCUGAGUCCUCUAAUGUUCAAGGACCAGAUGCAACAGGAUGUCAUCAUGGUGCUGAAGUUUCCAUCCAAUUCGCCGGUAACACAUGUGGCCGCCAACACCCUGCCCCAUCUCACCAUACCUGCUGUGGUCACCGUCACCUGCAGCCGCCUAUUUGCCGUCAACCGAUGGCACAACACCGUCGGUCUCCGGGGAGCACCGGGCUACUCUCUGGAGCAGGCCCAUCACCUACCUAUAGAGAUGGAUUCUCUGGUUGCCAACAAUACUGGAAGCAACAAGCGUCAGAUCACAGACCUAGUGGACCAGAGCAUCCAAAUCACCACACACUGUUUCGUGGUGACAGCUGACAACCGCUACAUACUGGUGUGUGGCUUCUGGGACAAGAGCUUUCGUGUGUACUCCUCCGAGACAGGAAAGCUGACCCAGAUAGUUUUUGGUCACUGGGAUGUGGUGACGUGUCUGGCCCGAUCAGAGUCUUACAUUGGAGGAGACUGCUACAUCGUCUCCGGGUCCAGGGAUGCAACACUUCUGCUGUGGUAUUGGAGUGGACGGCACCAUAUUAUUGGCGACAACCCCAAUAACAGUGACUACCCAGCACCACGAGCAGUUCUGACGGGUCAUGACCAGGAAGUUGUGUGUGUCUCAGUCUGUGCAGAGCUGGGCCUGGUCAUCAGCGGAGCCAAAGAGGGUCCAUGUCUGGUCCACACCAUCACAGGGGACCUAUUACGGGCUCUGGAGGGGCCAGACCACUAUCUGUGCCCACGGCUCAUCUCCGUGUCCAGCGAGGGCCACUGCAUUAUCUACUAUGAGAGAGGGCGCUUCUGCAACUUCAGCAUUAAUGGCAAACUGCUGGCACAGAUGGAGGUCAAUGAUUCCACCAGGGCUAUCCUCCUGAGCAGUGACGGCCACAACCUGGUCACAGGCGGGGAUAAUGGUGUGGUGGAGGUGUGGCAGGCAUGUGACUUCAAACAGCUCUACAUCUACCCUGGUUGUGAUGCUGGCGUUCGAGCCAUGGACCUAUCACAUGAUCAGAGAACCCUGAUCACAGGCAUGGUCUCUGGCAGUAUUGUAGCAUUUAACAUCGAUUUCAACCGGUGGCACUAUGAGCAUCAAAACAGGUACUAAGUAGAGACAGAGCCACACAGCAGGAGGCAAUUGUGAAGAGUUAAGAGAAACACCUACCAACCCCGUGAUCGAGCUGUGUUGCAGAAGAUCCACCGAGCACGGAGGAGAUCCAGUGGGCUGGAAAACAUCAGCGUGGUGACGCUAAUCAAGAACAAGAUGCACUUAUGCGUUCAUCUGGCCUCGUAAGGCGAACCUGUUGCUAUUCGUCUGUUGCUGAACAAUCUGGAAACACAUUUUCUGUUGGUUUUCAUGUCUUACCUGAGCAUCAGCCGAUGCCGAGUCGAACAGGUCUGUUGUUCUGGGCGAGGAGAGACUGAGAUCAACUUAAGUUAAGACAGUUACACCGUUAAGUUAAUGAAAACAUAAUGUAAACUUUUAGGUUCCUGUUUCAAACUGUGAAAAUGCAAAACAAAAUGAAUCCUCUGUUAGGAACAUUUAUACAACAUUUGUAUGGCAGAUACAUAUCUCACUUGGAACACUUUUAUAGGACAAAAGUUAACUUGUAAAUACGGGAAGUGUAAAGUGUUUCUUCUCUGUAAAGGCUGAGAUAAAGAUCUAAAUGCUGUUAGACUAGCCAUCAUGUUACCGACAUUUCCGUCACGCGAGCCAUCUAUAAAUGUUCAAACUGUCUUCAUUGCACUUCAGAUAUUAGUUGAUAAGUAAUACAUGUAUACGGCCAUUGUUUGCUCAUGGUUUGUUAACAGUGGUCAAAUGUAUGUGUAUGUGAAAAGACAAAAUGUUCAUUGUUACUUUGUUGUGUUUGAUUGUCUAUAUGGAAGAAAAGUCUAAAAUCAGUGUGAGCUUAGUCCUUUGUGAAAUUUGUUUUUGGUCAUGAUGUCAGCAAAAAAAAAAGAAAAAAGAUAAUGAUAUUUCCAUACUUAAUUAAAUUUGAUUUUGUUUAUUGAUGAAAAACAAUUAAAAUGAGCUACUGUAAAGGGGACAUUUGAAACAGCAAUCAUCCGUCUUGUUCGUUUUGGUUUCUUUCAAAAACAUAUCCAGAGGAUUAAAUACCAGAUUUAUUGGAUAUUAUGUCAUGACUGUCAAAAGGUGUUUGUGGUAAAGCUGUAAGACAUUUUGUAAAAGGAAUUGUCAUUUUUUAAGACAUUCUACAAUUGUUGCGCAUCAGUUUUUUUUUUUUUUAGUUUGCCUAUUUUUGCACAAAAUGUUUGCUCGUCUGUUUUAAAUCUGUGAAUUCAUCAACACCAGUUUAUGCUGUAACAACAGGCAUCGGUAAGCAAUAUUAUGACUUCAGUAGCUAAAAAGGCCUGAGGAAGGUUUUUCAGCUGAGACGAAAAAAAAUGAUCUAAUGAGGAACAGGAUAGUCUUCCGAAAACAAAAAAAGACUAUGGUCUAUUUUUGGAGAUAUGACUGCAUUUAAAUUGUAGAAAUGAGAAGGCUGUCGCUGUGAGCUGACAAUUUGAAAUGAACAAAAAUAUGCAAAUAGAUUUUGAGUUUGCAUUCUGAUUUUCUAGUGGUGCCACACGAUGCCACCCUUACCCAAAGCUGAAGUUUUGCAUGCUAGGAGCUCCCGAAGGCACUGGGUUUACUUUGUUUCCUGUUAAAUCAUUUUCAUGAUUGUGAAUCAAAUUAGUUUGACAAAAAUCAUUUUCUUAAUGAUGUUUAAAUUAAAACAGUGUAUUUUAUUUUAUUAUUUUAUUUGAAAAGUUAUGGUUUAUAUAUAUAUAUUUUAGUUUGGCCAAUUGUCUCUGCAUAUGUAAGCUUAUGUGAUUAUAUAAAAAUUGAUAACUAAAUUCAGCUGCUUUCAUUAUUUUUGUCUUUUUAAUAAAACUGAAAAACUUAAUAUUUCUAACCAUAUAGUAUUUAUUGAGAUUUUACUUACUACACUGUGUGUAGACUGCAAGCAUUCAUGCAUGCACCAACAUAAAAUGUGUUGAUGUUACCCCAUAAUAUGUCUAACUAUAGCUCAGUGUAUGCAUGCUGUAUCAGAAGGAGGAAUUCAUUUCAUGUGUUUGAUUAUACUGCCACCUGCUGACAGUUACCUUCUGACUCAUGGUAAGUCGCUGACUCACAAAUUGAAUCCUUUUUAUUUCAAGGGGUUUUUUGUUGUUGGAAGUUUUAACCAUAUUUUUGUUCUCAUGAACCAAAAAAAAAGUGUUUUGUUCUCAUUUAGAUCGUUUUAUAACAUCCUUACAUUAACGGAAUAUGGAUGAAUAUAAUACAGCAUUCACAUUCUCCAUCUGCUUCCACAUAACACUGACAUUCCCAGUUGUCUUCGAGUACCAUUUUGUCAAACUGUAUAUAAACAUUACAUGUUUUUCAGAUUAUGAAAAACAGACAAACAUUCUCAAAAAGUCACUAUUACAACUUGCUUUCCUUGUGCUUUUUUGGUUCAUUCCCUUCUAGUCAAAAACUUAAAAGCCCUUUUAUAAGAAAAUCAUGACCAUGGAGUGAUGUUACAUUUGUUUAAAAUACCUAUGUACAAGUCUUAACUCAGCUGUGGUAUGACUAUAGUCUGCCUUAAAUUAACUGCAUUCACCAGGACAGUGCGUACAAUGACAACAGAAACUGUGUCAUAUCUGACAGGCGUAUAUCAAACAGUAGAAGACUGGAACAACUGAUUUAGGAUGCAUAUUAGUAUACAUGCAGGUUACAGUCUCUGAUGAAGGGAGGAGGACAUUCACAUUCAUGAAUAUUUGCUCUCUGGUGAACCAAUGUAUGAAGCGGUCAGAGGACCUCGUAGUCGUGUUUGAUCGGUUUAAAAAGUCCAACAAAAGUCCUGACUGAAUGGAUAGAUAUUAAAAUAACAGGUUUUACUGGAAGCACUGUUGUCUUUACCAACAUUUGUUUCUUAUUUAAGUUUGUGAGGGGGGAAAAAAAAAUCCAUGUUACACAAGAACUAAUUGUGUCAGUUGUCUGCCAAAACGCCUGCACGAGAUUCAUUCUCACCCAUUCCAGCAUUUCAGAAGGACAGAUUUAAAAAUACUGUGCUCAAUGGGCAGUACAUCUAAUUGCACUUAAAUCCAUAUGGGCCAAGGCAAGACUUUAAAAACAUGCAACUUACUACCAACUACACAGCACUGACAUUCAUCUGUACCACCACUGAAUUACAACCACUCUCACAGACGUGACAAAAACUACCGUUUCAAAAACCAUCCUCAAGCACACAGGUGAGCCGGACCAGCAACAGUCAAACAUUAGCGCCCUCAAUUCUCUUACAGAGGCAAGCUACUGGAUAGCAGGACAAUAAUCAUCCUACACAAAUAAAUGUGUUCAGUACAGAUUAUGCUUACGGUACAAUAUAGCAGCAAGUCUUUUCAGUUUAUUAAGUCCUCUUAACCAGCGUGUCUAAAGGUUUACGCACCAGAAUCAUAAGUACCACAGCAGAGUAAUCUAGAGGUGACUGUUAAUGUUGUAGUGAAUGAAUUAUUGUUUAACACGUGUUUGUGUUUAAAUCAGUAUGAUAAGUGACAGGUACUGAACAUGUCAUAUCACAAAAAUCAUGUAGAAGCUAAGGUUUCAAUAUUUUGCAUUUAAACUUCCCAUUAGAGAGCUAAGUGCUUCAUGGAGUAGGUUCUGUUUCCUGCAGUAAACAUUAUGAACCAAUAGAGGGCUCUAGAGUACUACAAUGAACCACUGCUUGCUGUGUGGAAAUAAGGCUUACAGUUUGGUGGCUUUUUUUUUUUAAAAGAUAAAAGGCAGAUAUUAAAAAUUGUUGCAUGCUCUUAAGGUGUAUUCUUCCGGAGACUAACGCAUCACUUAUUCUGAUCAAUGCAUUUUGUAAUUAA